AAAAUCAUUCCUCAUUUUACAGAAAAACUAACAUGAGAACAGUGAGAAGCGAAAUGGCGAUUUCCACGGCGAUUCUUCUCCGAUCUCCGCCGUGAUUUUUCUUCGGUCUACAUCUCGCUUCUUCUUCUCCACCGCGCUUCUUCUUCUCCACCGUGCUUCUUCUUCUCUGUGGUUUUUUCAGGUGGAAGGAUUUGAAGUAGUAUGAAAAACACUAGCCACCGUCCACGUUUCACUGCUCCUGCCUCCUCAUUUGUUGCGCCUGCAGCCUCUUCAUCAGUCGCGCAUGCCUCCUCCUCGGUCGUCGCUCCUGCUUCUUCUGGUGCGCCUGCCACUGCUGCUGAUGCUACACAGGUUAUAACUAUAACUGAUAUUGAAAAAAGUGAUGAUUCUACUUCUGAUACAAGUGAUGAUGAAUUUUUGGACUUUGUCUUAUGUGGUAUCAUUUAUGACUAUCAUCAGAAACACUUUGACAAAUCAAAGGUUUUGACAUCUUCAUUGUCUGGUCGCGAGUUUGUGGCUGAAGUGUUAAAUGGUUCUGGAACUAGCUGUUUUGAUCUAUUUCGAAUGAAGAAAGAGUGUUUUCUUAAUUUCUGUAAUGAACUGAGAGACAAGAACUACUUAAGUGACUCGAGGGAUGUGCUUGUUGAAGAGAAAGUUGCUACAUUCUUAUUCAUAAUUGGUCAUAAUGUUCGUCAUAGAGUUGCUUCAAACCGUUUUCAACAUUCCACAGAAACAAUCUCACGCAAUUUCAAGGAAGUAUUAAGGGCAGUGUGUCGAUUAGGAAAAGAACUGAUAAAGCAAGAGUCUAUGGAGUUGCCUAGUAGAAUUAAGAAUAAUCCAAAAUAUUAUCCUUGGUUCAAGAAUUGCAUAGGUGCAAUUGAUGGUACACAAAUAAGUGCAUGGGCUCCUGCUGAGAAACAAAUUUCAUGUAGAGGUAGAAAGGCAACAAUCACUCAGAAUGUCAUGUGUGCUUGUGAUUUCAACAUGAUAUUUACAUAUGUAUAUUCGGGGUGGGAAGGAAGUGCACAUGAUUCUAAAGUUUUACUUGAUGCAAUUACAAAUCCAAAUGCAGGAUUUCCUUGGCCACCUAAAGGUUCAUUUUAUCUUGUUGAUUCUGGGUAUCCAUGUACCGGAGGUUUUCUUCCCCCUUAUAGAGGUGAAAGAUAUCAUGCACAAGAAUAUCGAGGUCAAGGUAGACAACCAAAAAGUUCAGAAGAGUUAUUUAACUUCAGGCACUCGUCUUUAAGGAUGACAAUAGAGCGUUGUUUUGGGGUGUUGAAAAACAGAUUUCCUAUUUUAAAGUUAAUGCCUUCCUACAAACCUUCAAGGCAAAGACUCAUAGUAACUGCUUGUUGUGCUAUUCACAAUUACAUACGCAAGUGGAAUUUGCCUGAUGAGUUGUUUAGGAUAUGGGAGGAAAUGGAUGAUAUAGAACUUGAGGCGGUGAACGAGGUUCCUAACCUUGAAGGGAGCUCGAAUGUUGAAAACUUAACAAGGUUAUCUAAUGAAGGUGCAACUGAGAUGGCAAUGGAUAGGAAUCAUCUUAGAGAUAGGAUGUGGGUACAUCGUCAUAAUUAAUCGAACUAAUUACACUUUUUUUUAAAUUUUCUUAUAUGCAACAAUGGAGUAUGGAGUUUUGUUAGUUAUUUUGCGGAUGAUUGUUUUUGUUUGCUAAUUUGAUGUUUAUGUUAUCGACAUUAAUAUGCUAUAAUAUUUUUAUAUGUUUCACAUUUUACAA